CAGUUGUUCAUUGGAAAUAACUUCACUUACGAUCUGGCACUCUACCGCGACAGUUCUUAUUUAAAUUCUUAAAAGGCCCGAUCUUCAAAUAACUCGAAGAAUGAAAUAAUAAUAGAGAUAUUUUAAUAUCACCAAGAUACACAGGCGUUUCGAGAAUAUACUCCAGAAACAGAGAUUCAAAUGGAAGACACUAAGGCUACUGAAAGUGAAUGUCCCAUAAUGGAUACCCAGAAAAUACUGGUGGAGAUUGAUAUACCAGAUAUGGUUCAAUUGUUACCGACAUUCGAUGGCGAUCAGUAUACUCUCUCCGACUUUAUUGGCAGUGUUGAGGAUAUGGUGAUUAACGUCGUGAAAAACAUUUAUAAAACGGACUGCCCAGUUUUUAUAUUGAGAGCUAUUCGAAGGAAAAUCGUCGGGGAGGCCAACAGAGUGCUCAUUAGGGAACGAACAAAGCUUAAUUGGGAGGAAAUAAAGAAGGCACUAAUAGACAAUUUUGCAGACCCCAGAAAUAUGGAUACUCUAAUGGACGACUUGCGAGAAAUCCCAAGCUUCGGACUGAAAAUCUAUCACUUAUAUGUAGAAAUAUCAAAAAUAAGAUGUGCAUGUUUCGAUCUUUUGGAGAGGCAAGAAGAAGAUCUGGUAUUUCGAAAAACUCAGGAAUGUGUUUUUGAAAAACGAUUUCUACACGCUUUUAUAUCUGGUCUUCGGGGACCUUUGAAACUUUCGGUACUACGUAAGGAUCCGAAAAACAUUUGGGAGGCAAACAAAAUUGCAAUGCAAUUAAUAGAUGAUUUUCAUUGGGCAAGAAAACAAAAAGUAAAUCAUAACAAAAGACGGAUCUAUACAAACAAAUUAUUCUUUAAUUCAAACCGAGGACGUCAGAAUGGCAACAAUAUGCCCGAGGGACCCAAAUAAAAUGUAAUCAAUUUCAAAAAAGCAUUAUUUUUCAAAUAAU